CUGGAAAUAGUCCCCAACAAAUGCGGAGUUUCCUCUUGUGAGCGGCUGUUUCAGGAAGCUCCACUCCACAGGACAACGUGCUGAGUUUCACGUUAUAACGUGAUACAGAUCUUCCCUUUCUAGAGUAAAAAAGACUAUGAUUCAUUAUAUUUAGAUGAAACACCUGAGUCUUACACACUGGAGCUCUAACUGGUCUGUGAGCAACUCUCAUAUCUACUGUAAAGAGAGAGAGGAGGAGCCUGAGAACAGGGAAGUGUCAGACUCCAUUUUCACCUGGAUUAGCAGAAGGAAGAAAAGUGAAAAGACUGAAGAUGAGUGGUUAUGAGGAGGAAGAGGAGGACAGAGCAGAGUCUCUAGGGUUCAGCUGUGUGUCUCUGAAGACUGACCGGUCCAUGUAUGAGCCUCCAAACUUCAGUAAUGAACCUGGACCCUCACACACAAAAGGUCAGGACCACAGACUGAGAGCAGAGUCUCCAGGGUCCAGCUGUGUGUCUCUGAAGAGUGACAUGUCCAAAGAGACUCCUCCAUUCUUCAGUAAUGAACCUGGACCCUCACACACAGAAGGUCAGGACCACAGACUGAGAGCAGAGUCUCCAGAGUUCAGUUCUCUGUCUCUGAAGAGUGACAUGUCCAUGGAACUCCCUCUAGUCUUCAGUAAUGAACCUGGACCCUCACACAUGGAGGUGAGGAAGAGGAGUCAUGAUUUUGAGGAGGAGCAGUCGUCCUGCUGUGCUUCGUGUCAGGACGUCCUGAAGGAUCCAGUCUCCACCAGCUGUGGACACUGGUUCUGCAGACAGUGCAUCACCUCAUACUGGGACCAGUCUGGUUCUUCAGGAGACUCCUCCUGUCCCCAGUGUGGACAAAGUUCCAGAACAGGAGCUGGAGCAGAUCGUGGUCUGCAGGAGGUUUCAGAUGAACAUAAGCUCAGUGUGAGGAGGAGAUGUGAACAUGUGACUGAAGGAACUGAUGAAACAGGAAGUAGAACCCUCCUCAACAGGAUCUACACUGAGCUCUACAUCACAGAGGGACAGAGUGAAGAGGUUAAUACUCAACAUGAGGUGAGGCAGCUUGAGACGGCUUCCAAGAAGAAGAUCCUCCACGACACUCCCAUCGAGGUCCACGACAUCUUUAAAGCCUCCACUGACCAGCAGAGCAGCAUCAGAGUCGUCCUGACCAACGGCGUCGCUGGCGUUGGAAAAACCUUCUCGGUGCAGAAGUUCACUCUGGACUGGGCAGAGGGUUUGGAGAACCAGGAUGUGGGUCUGCUGGCUGUGCUUUCGUUCAGGGAGCUGAACCUGGUGAAGGACCAGCAGCACAGUCUUCUCACGCUGCUCCAUGUUUUCCAUCCAGCGUUACAGAAGCUCACGGCAGAGACGCUCGCUGUCUGUAAACCUUUGUUCAUCUUUGACGGCCUGGAUGAAAGCAGACCUUCUCUGGACUUCAACCACAGGGAGCUUGUGUCUGAUGUCACACAGAGGUCAUCAGUCAACGUGCUGCUGACAAAUCUCAUCCGGGGGAAUCUGCUUCCCUCGGCUCUCGUCUGGAUAACCUCCAGACCUGCGGCGGCCAAUCAGAUCCCUCCUGCAUGUGUUGACAGAGUCACAGAAGUACGAGGCUUCACUGAGGCCCAGAAGGAGGAGUACUUCAGGAGGAGAUUCAGUGAUGAAGAGCUGUGCAGCAGAAUCAUCUCACACAUCAAGACGUCCAGGAGCCUCCACAUCAUGUGUCAAAUCCCAGUCUUCUGCUGGAUCAGUGCUACAGUUCUGGAGCACAUGUUGACCACAGACCAGAGAGGAGAGCUGCCCAAGACCCUGACUGACCUGUACUCACACUUCCUGCUGGUUCAGACAAAGAGGAAGAACAACAAGUACGGUGAGGGACAUGAGACGACUCCACAGCAGCUGACGGAGGCUGACAGGAACGUUCUUCUGAAGCUGGGGAGGCUGGCAUUUAAACAUCUGGAAGAAGGAAACAUCAUGUUCUACCAAGAAGACCUGGAGCGGUGUGGUCUUAAUGUCACAGAGGCCUCAGUGUACUCAGGAGUUUGUACUGAGAUCUUCAGAAGAGAGUGUGUGAUCUUCCAGAAAUCAGUCUACUGCUUUGUUCAUCUGAGCGUUCAGGAGUUUCUGGCUGCAGUCUACAUGUUCCACUGUUACACUAAGAGGAAUACAGAAGAGUUCAACAACUUCUGGGGAACAUAUGGGAACACACACAGUACCUUCUCCCUGGAUGACCUCCUGAAGAGAACCAUGGAGAAAUCCCUCACCAGUACAAAUGGUCAUCUGGACCUGUUUGUUCGCUUCCUUCACGGCCUCAGUCUGAAGUCCAACCAGAGAGUCUUAGGUGGCCUGCUGGGUCAGACAGAGAACAAUCCAAAUAUUAUCCAGAGAGUCUUAGGAGACCUGCUGGGACGGACAGAGAACAAUCCAAGUAUCAUCCAGAGAGUCUUCGGAUGGUUGCUGGGUCGCAUAGGGAACAAUCCGGAGAUCAUCCAGAUUGUCAUCAACAACCUGAAGGAGAUGCAGAGCGAUGACAUUUCUCCUGACAGAAGCAUCAACAUCUUCCACUGUCUGACUGAGAUGAACGACCACUCAGUUCAUCAGCAGAUGAAACAGUUCCUGACGUCAGAGAACAGAUCGAAGGAGAAACUCUCUGAGAUCCACUGCUCAGCUCUGGCCUACAUGCUGCAGAUGUCAGAGGAGGUUCUGGAUGAGUUGGACUUGAAGAAGUUUAACACAUCAGACCAGGGUCGACAGAGACUGAUCCCAGCUGUGAGGAACUGCAGGAAGGCUAGACUCUGUGAUUGUCGACUCUCAGAGACUCACUGUGAAGUUGUGGCCUCAGCUCUGAAGUCAGACCCCUCACAUCUGAGAGAACUGGAUCUGAGUAGAAACUACCUGCAGGAUUUAGGAGUGAAGCUGCUGUGUUCUGGACUGGAGAGUCCAAACUGUCGACUGGAGACUCUGAGGUUGAAGAGCUGCAGACUGUCAGAGAUCAGCUGUUCUUCUCUGGCUUCAGCUCUGACGUCAAACCCCUCUCAUCUGAGAAAACUGGAUCUGACUAACAACAAGCUGCAGGACUCAGGAGUGAAGGAGCUGUGUGGUUUUCUACAGAGUCCAACCUGUCGACUGGAGACUCUGAGGUUGUGGAGCUGCAGUCUGUCAGAGAUCAGCUGUUCUUCUCUGGCUUCAGCUCUGAGGUCAAACCCCUCUCAUCUGAGAGAACUGGAUCUGAGCUACAACGGCCUGCAGGACUCAGGAGUGAAGGAGCUGCUUGAUCUAAAGCAGAGUUCAGGCUGUCGACUGGAGACUCUGAGAUUUCUUUAUGAGAAUCGUGAGAAGGCAGGACGUCUUUUUUCAAACCAAAUGAAGAGCCAAUCGGCAUCUCAGCAAAUUAAACAAGUAAGGACCCCCUCAGGUGAAUUUACGUAAUCCCAUCUGUCAUUAUCGAAAACGAUUAAAACAUUUGACUUUGAGCUUUAUAGAACACAGUCUGCUGCUUAUGAUACAGACAUGAUAAGGUUUCUUGACAUAAUUUGGCAAAGUUCUAGAUGACAAUGAGUGGAUAGUGCAUUAGCUCAAGUGAAUGA